CCAUAUAAAUGUUGACGAACUCUCGUCUAAGCAAAACAAUUGUAAAUCCAACGUUUCUCUUACCCAACAUGACAGCUAUGCUGUUAAUAAUUUGUCUGAUUGCCGCCACCUAUGGCCUGCAAGCAUCGGCGGCCGAAGCCAAUGAUGAGGCUUCCAAGACCCCGGUCACAAUUUCCUUAUGUUCCGGCAAAGAUGGUGUUAUGGUGGCCAUGCCUGGUUCCUGUUCCGGUUUCUUUUUCUGUGUGGAUGGCAAUGCCAUUGCCAGUUCUUGUGGCAGUUUCUAUCAUUUCAAUGCUGAUCUGGCUAUCUGUGAUCAUCCCCUGAAUGCCAGGUGUCAAGAAAAUGAUCCAACCAUAUUGGAAGCAUCCACCGACAUUGAAGCCAAUGACAUCUGUGCCAAGGCUUCGCCAGGUUUUAGCUUUGGCAAAAAACAAUCUUGUUCCCUAUACUAUGUUUGCUAUCAGAAAUAUGCUGUGCGACGAGUUUGUCAACCCCAGAAACAUUUCAAUUUAAUCGAACGGAAAUGCAUGGACAUCGAUAAGGCCCAGUGUAGCUAUACGAUUCCAUUGCCGAUGAAUGCCACAGCGGCGAAGGUUACCAAAAAACCGAAUCAAUUGAUGGCAUUACCUACAGGUUCCGUUCCAAUGUCAACGGCACCCGCCAAGGGGCCAACGAACGUUGCUGGCCACCGCCAACCACCUUUGAACAUCAAACGAACCCGUGAUCUGUCCGUUUUAUGUUCGGUCUUCAAAUCAAAUCGUACCCUGCCGCACCCCUACGACUGCAGCCGUUUUAUCUAUUGUCUACAAGGGAAAGCCCACACCAUGGCCUGUCCGAAGGGUUUGCAUUUCAGUAGCAAAAGUUUGCGUUGUGAGUGGCCUUAUAAUGCGAACUGCCAAGCGAAUGUUAAAUAAUUUGUUCUUCUAAAUAAAAAUACAACAAAAAACAAAAGCAAAAUA